CUUUCUGCAGGGUCGUCAUGUCAAGACGGGACAGCUGGCGGCCAUUAAGGUCAUGGACGUCACAGAGGACGAAGAGGAGGAGAUUAAGCUGGAGAUCAACAUGCUGAAGAAGUACUCCCAUCACAGGAACAUCGCCACCUACUAUGGAGCCUUCAUCAAGAAGAGCCCACCUGGCCACGACGACCAGCUCUGGCUGGUGAUGGAGUUCUGUGGAGCUGGUUCUAUCACAGACCUGGUGAAGAACACCAAGGGAAACUCCCUGAAGGAGGACUGGAUCGCCUACAUCUCCAGAGAGAUACUCCGGGGAUUGGCCCAUCUGCACGUCCAUCACGUCAUCCACCGGGACAUUAAAGGCCAGAACGUCCUGCUGACGGAGAACGCUGAGGUCAAACUGGUGGACUUUGGUGUGAGUGCGCAGCUGGACCGCACGGUGGGCCGGAGGAACACCUUCAUCGGAACGCCCUACUGGAUGGCACCGGAGGUCAUCGCCUGUGACGAGAACCCAGACGCCACCUACGACUACAGGAGUGACUUGUGGUCAACUGGAAUUACAGCUAUAGAGAUGGCAGAAGGAGCUCCCCCCCUGUGUGACAUGCAUCCAAUGAGAGCGCUCUUCCUCAUCCCAAAACCCCCUCCACGCCUGAAAUCAAAGAAAUGGUCUAAGAAGUUCUUUAACUUCAUUGAGAGUUCUCUGGUGAAGAACUACACCCAGCGGCCGCCCACGGAGCAGCUGCUGAAGCAUCCCUUCAUCAGGGACCAGCCCAACGAGAGGCAGGUCCGCAUCCAGCUCAAGGACCACAUCGACCGCACCAAGAAGAAGAGGGGGGAGAAGGAUGAGACAGAGUAUGAGUACAGUGGAAGUGAAGAAGAGGAGGAAGAAACACCAGAGCAGGAGGGGGAACCCAGUUCUAUAGUGAAUGUUCCGGGCGAGUCGACCCUGCGGCGUGACUUCAUCCGGCUGCAGCAGGAGAACAAGGAGCGCUCGGAGGCCCUGAGGCGUCAGCAGCUCCUGCAGGAGCAGCAGCUCCGCGAGCAGGAGGAGUACAAGCGCCAACUACUGGCCGAACGGCAGAAGCGCAUCGAGCAGCAGAAGGAGCAGAGGAGGAGGCUGGAGGAGCAACAGCGUCGUGAGCGCGAGGUGCGUCGUCAGCAGGAGCGCGAGCAGAGGAGGCGCGAGCAGGACGAGAAGAAGCGCGUGGAUGACCUCGAGAGGAGGCGCAAGGAGGACGAGGACCGACGCCGCGCCGAGGAGGAGAAGAGGAGAGCAGACAGAGAACAGGAGUACAUCCGUCGGCAGCUGGAGGAGGAGCAGAGGCAUCUGGAGAUUCUGCAGCAGCAGCUUCUGCACGAGCAGGCCAUGCUACUGGGGUGUAAGUGGCGUGAGCUGGAGGAGCAGAGGCAGCUUCAGCAGGAGCAGCUCCCAUUGGACAAGAGCAAACUCACACUGCAGCAACAGCCGCUCCCAUUGGACAGGAGCAAACUCACACUGCAGCAACAGCCGCUCCCAUUGGACAGGAGCAAACUCACACUGCAGCAACAGCAGCUCCCAUUGGACAAGAGUAGGAUCACGACACAUCAGCAGCAGCUCCUAUUGGACAAGAGCACAAAUGGGCUGCGAAACCCACAGCCAUUGGACAGAAGCAGAAAUGACUCACAAACACCUCAACAGCCAUUGGACAGAAGGAGAAAUGACUCACAAACACCUCAACAGCCAUUGGACAGAAGCAGAAAUGACUCACAAACACCUCAACAGCCAUUGGACAGAAGUAAACCACGCCCACAGCUGCCUAAUGGACCCAUAUCAGAGAAAAGUAAACAACAACAACGGUUACCUCAUCGCUCCCAUCAUCCACCCCCGUCAGACUCAAGACCCGCCCCCACAUUCACACCCACCAAUCUAGUCAACGGUAUGGACCCGCCCCCACCUCAUCCACCAAUCACAGGCCCCAUUCUGGACUCAGCGGAACUCAGUGAGCCAAUGGGAGAGGUGGAUGAUCGCUACAGGAAGAACGUCGUUCAGGGAUCUCCUCAGGCAGCCCCGCCCAAACCGACUCCGCCCGCUGUGCCGCCCCGCGCCGACGCCCAUGGCAACGGGAACGCCCCCGACAGCCAGGCCAUGCACCGCCCGGUGGAGCCGCAGGACCUGACCUCCCUGGCGAAGGAGCUGCGUGCGGCGGAGGAGGUGCGGCCGCCUCACAAGGUGACGGACUACUCUUCCUCCAGCGAGGAGUCUGGGACCACCGACGAGGAUGAGGAUGACGAAGAGGUGGACCAGGAGGGAGGAGAGGAGUCCACGUCAGGACCUGAGGACUCACGGGCUGGUUCAUCUCGUCUGAGUAAUGGGGAGACAGAGAAGGUUGGUCAUGGAGACGGAGAGAGCGAAGCCUCGUCCACACCCUGCAAGGACAGCACACUGGUAAUGAGACAGUCUCAAUCAGCGACGACACAGAAGCAUAAGUCGUCAUCCUCCUUCACACCGUUCAUCGAUCCACGUCUGCUUCAGGUCUCGCCUUCUACAGGCAGCGCACUCAACAACGCAGGUUACGGGAGCGAUGCCCGGCUGGCGGAGGCCCUGCGUGCCGACGCGUCCCGUAAAGGAUCGGUGGUCAACGUCAACCCCGUCAACACGCGCCCCCAAAGCGACACGCCCGAGAUUCGCAAGUACAAGAAGAGAUUCAACUCUGAGAUCCUGUGUGCAGCACUCUGGGGGGUUAACCUGCUGGUGGGCACUGAGUCUGGUCUGAUGCUGCUGGACCGCAGUGGCCAGGGGAAGGUCUACCCUCUCAUCAACCGCAGGCGCUUUCAACAGAUGGACGUGCUCGAGGGCCUCAACGUCCUGGUCACCAUAUCAGGCAAGAAGAACAAGCUGCGUGUGUAUUACCUGUCCUGGCUGCGUAAUAAGAUCCUGCACAAUGACCCCGAGGUGGAGAAGAAACAGGGCUGGGUGACUGUGGGGGAGCUGGAGGGGUGUGUGCACUACAACGUUGUGAAGUACGAGAGAAUUAAGUUCCUGGUGCUGGCACUGAAGAACUCAGUGGAGGUGUAUGCCUGGGCUCCCAAACCAUACCACAAGUUCAUGGCCUUUAAGUCGUUUGGAGACCUGGUGCACAGGCCAGUGCUGGUUGACCUGACGGUAGAGGAGGGUCAGAGGUUGAAGGUCAUCUAUGGGUCGUGCUCGGGGUUCCAUGCUGUGGACGUGGACUCAGGAGCCGUCUACGACAUCUACCUGCCCACCCAUAUCCAGACCAGUAUCCAGCCCCAUGCCAUAAUCAUCCUGCCCAACACAGAUGGCAUUGAGCUGCUGGUGUGCUACGAGGACGAGGGCGUGUACGUCAACACUUACGGGCGCAUCACCAAAGACGUGGUGCUUCAGUGGGGAGAGAUGCCUACUUCAGUGGCAUACAUCCGCUCCAACCAGAUCAUGGGCUGGGGAGAGAAGGCCAUUGAGAUCCGCUCCGUGGAGACGGGCCACCUGGAUGGAGUCUUCAUGCACAAGAGAGCCCAAAGACUCAAGUUCCUGUGUGAGAGGAACGACAAGGUGUUCUUUGCCUCGGUGCGUUCGGGCGGCUCCAGUCAGGUAUACUUCAUGACGCUCGGCCGCACCUCCCUCCUCACCUGGUAGAGGCCCCGCCCACCCUCCAGCCACACCCACUUUUCAAGACCACCACGGAACCGACUCAAAAAAGAAAAAAAUCCCACGGAUGAUCUGGACUACAACUGAUCUGGACUACAAGUGAUCUGGACUACAACUGGUCCCUGCUGUGAGGGCUGCGCCGCGCUGGCGCACGCUGAUGAUGUCACAGAUGGGGACUCUGUACAGAUAUUAAAGCCAAGCUGACGUAGAGGAGGAGUGGGGGCGGAGCUUCAGUGUUAUGCUAGUCUGUGUUUCUUGUGUGUCUGUUGGACCACUGCGCUACGGGAUUGGGUGGAGCCACCUGUCAGUCAUGAAACAACAGGGGGCAUGAUGGGAAAUCAUUAAAGGCAUGUUUGUGAAGGAGUUGGUCCCUGGUAGGAGAGGAAUAGUGUCUGUGUGUGUGUGUGUGUGUG